AAGGGGUCUUAAAGCUUUUAGCCUCUGGCAGUAGCCACACUUGUCGUUUCACUCUUCACUCACUGAAAAAAUGGAGUUUUGGAGACAAUUCCUUGGUGAGUUUCAGUUUCUUCUGGUUUUUUGCGUUUUAGGUAUCUUUGGAGGAGCGGAUUCAGCCUCACCCACCUGCUCUUUCCCGGCGCUUUACAACUUCGGCGACUCGAACUCCGACACCGGAGGCAUUUCGGCCGCGUUUGAACCGAUUCAAGCGCCGUAUGGAGAGGCAUUUUUCCAUAAACCAUCAGGGAGAGACUCUGAUGGCCGUCUUAUUAUAGACUUCAUUGCCGAGAGAUUGGGAUUGCCAUACUUGAGUGCUUACUUAAACUCACUGGGGACAAGUUACAAGCACGGUGCAAACUUUGCAACCGGAGGUUCAACCAUUAGGAGGCAAAACGAGACCAUUUUUGAAAAUGGGAUCAGCCCGUUUUCGCUUGAUAUGCAGAUUGCGCAGUUCAACCAGUUUAAAGCGCGGACUCGGGAUCUUUAUCAGCAAGCCAAGACUUCCUAUGAAAAGAGCAGAUUGCCAAACCAAGAGGAUUUUGCCAAGGCGCUUUACACAUUUGAUAUAGGGCAGAAUGAUCUUUCCGUUGGUUUUAGGAGACUGAGUUCCGACCAACUUCUCGCAGCUAUACCGGACAUUGUCAACCAGUUGGCCAAGGCAGUCCAAAAUAUAUAUCAACAGGGAGGGAGGUCAUUUUGGAUUCACAACACCAGCCCGAUCGGGUGUAUGCCUGUCAACUUUUUCUACAAUCUUAAUCCACCACCUAGUUAUGUUGACCAGUAUGGCUGUGUCAAGACUCAGAAUGACAUGGCAGUAGAAUUCAACAGACAGCUCAAGGACAGAGUGAUCAAACUAAAAUCAGAGCUUCCAGAAGCUGCUAUAACAUACGUUGAUGUCUACGCAGCAAAAAUUAGAAUGAUUGGUAAUGCAAAAGCUGAAGGAUUUUCGGAUCCAUUGAAGGUCUGCUGCGGUUAUCAUGUGAAAUACGACCACGUCUGGUGUGGGACGAAAGCACUUGUGAAUGGAAGUGCAGUGUUUGGUGCGUCUUGUGAAAAUCCUGCUACUUCUAUCAGUUGGGAUGGAGUUCACUACACCCAGGCUGCUAAUCAGUGGGUUGCUAAUCACAUUCUCAAUGGUUCCUUGAGUGAUCCGCCAACUCCAAUCACUCAAGCAUGCCACAGGCAUUAGAGUUUAUGAUAGCAUGUAUUAAGAUUAAGAAUCAGAGUGAAAAGAAUAAUAAUAAAAAAAAUAGUUCUAAAAUGUGCAUCAGAAAGCGGAGUUUGAGAAUCAACUGGAUUGAAACCAGAAAGUCGAUCUCUCCUUCUAGACCUUAUAAUUAUGCGGGGUUACCUUAUUUAUUCAUGACCGUUUCUCUCCCUAAACAUGGCUAUAUCUGGUUUACCUCUCUAUUACUAAAUAUAAUCUGAAGCUCAUAAAUUUCACAUUACCAUGGCAAUUAAUU